UCGUUAUAGCCGAUAUCGAAAGAUAUACAAAAAUUUACAUUUCGUAGUCGUUGUGUCUUACUCACUCGCGGUCGUUCUCGGCCGGACUGAAAAUCGAGUCCCAAAAAUAAACAACCUCGUCUGCAUGUUGUAAUAAUAUCGCUUUGUGGGUAACUUAUUGGUACCUACAUAUUAUUAAAGACACGCGCGCACACCGUCAACGAUCGUCAUCGAAAUUCCUCGCGGAAACGUGAUAGGACUGUCAAGCGAUCUCAACCGCGACGUCUGAUAGGAAUUAAAAACACAAAAGUUUCAAAAUCGGACGCGUCAAAAUAUAAAAAAUUGUAACAAUAGGUAACGCGCCCUCUUUGGUGAUCCUUAUCGCGCGUCACACAUUUCACUCGAGACUUGGCUAGGCAAUCACGACUUUCGCUUACCUAUAUAUUAUGUAUAUUAUGUACUAAAUUUAUACUAAACCAUUGUACAACGUGAUUUUAAUCAUCUAUCAAUCAUUCGCUGUAGUAAAAAAAUAUCGUACUUACCUAGCGCACACGCACAAUAUACAAUAAUAUUACUAUCGUUUUUUUUUCUUACGGGACCGUGGUGUAUACGUCAUAUGUUCGUGCGAAGACGACGACGAUGGCGACAGUCCGAUGUCGCAUUACUAUGAUCGACCACCACUGCAGGUGGACUACAAAAUACGCUACGUCGUCGUCGUCGCCAUCAUCAUCGUAGGGCAACCACCGUACGGCGGCGCCGUGGCCGCUAUGAAGUUGGACAGCAACAUGAACGUGAUGUCGCGUAGCAGCACGUGGCCCGUGGUGGUGGUCCGGCUGGAACACGACGGCGGCGUGCACGUGAUCGACAACGGUCCGUCCGACGACGGGCCGUGCACCGCGGCCACGGACGACUUGACCGGCUUGUUCGGCGUUGUCGGCGGUGGCGGCGGUGGCGUGGACACUAAUGGCGGCGGCGGCGCGGCCGCGACCGACACUUGUCCGCUGGCGCCGCUGUCCGCUCGCAAGCGGGCCACGCUGCAGCGGCACUACUAUCCGGAAGGCGGCUGGGGAUGGGUGAUCGUGGCCACCGCGGUCGCUGUUCACGUGAUCAACCACGGGCUCCAACUCUCGGCGGCCGUCAUGCUGAGACCCGCGGCCGACAAGCACGGUCAGCCGGUGGUCAAUACAGGUGAGUGAUUUCAUACAAACAACGUUCUA